AUGAAAUCCAUCAUUUCUCUAGUCGUGCUAGCUAGUGUCUCUUUGGCCCAGAAUUCCAUCAUCGGCCUUCCCACCGCUGGCUAUAUGAUCACCAAAGGCGGCAACGUGACCGUCCAGGUUCAGCGCCCUAACUCCUUGACUGGGUCUACAGAGAUUGCUGUUAUAAUUGGAGUUUCCUCCUGUGCAUCUACUCCUUGUCAACCUGCAGGCGAGGUCAUGGGUACUAUUCUUUACCAGGGCCCUUUCGACCCGCAGUACCACGAAUCGGACCAGCCUCCCUAUCAGAACUUUACGGUCACGCUUCCUAACUUAAUCGCAGCUGGUGAUGCUCAGAUCAAUGUUGCCCAUGCGGCGCUUGUUGGUGCUGGCCCUUUCCCCUACUUGGAGACUCUGAAUCGGACCGUGGUGGUAGUCUAA